AUUUCUAGCCACGCGAGAGUUGGAUCAGACUACAAACCUGGUGCAAACAUGUCGGCCUUCAAGAGAAAACGUGGACAGGGUUCUGCUGACAAAAAUGUCAAGAAAGUCAAAUUUGUGGCGAGUGGAGAUGAAAGCCCCGAUGAAGCUGAAGAGAAGAAUGAAGUCACGAUCCCUGCACCCGUGUCUAAGGUGAGAGCUCGUGCUUGUUAUUUGCCUCUGAGGUAGGAGGCGAGGACGCUAACUCAAGUCCACAGAUGAGGUUAUAUGUUGGUAUUAUUAUUUCAUUGUCACAGUUAAUCGGUUUAAACUCUGAGACUAAAACUGACCUAUAAAUGAUAUUGUUUAAGUUUGAUGUAAGCAAAAAGACAGCAAGACCAUUUAAGUAAAAUAAAUAUUGGACAUUAGGAGGCCUGCCUCUAGAUGUCGAGGAAUAACCCAUAACAUGGGAGCUUGUAUUAGCCGAUAAAUAUAAUGGGUUGAUGUUUCUUAAACAGGGCAAAUGGACCAACAAGGAAAGGGUUCUUAUUUUCUCCUCAAGAGGGAUCAACUUCAGAACAAGACACCUGAUGCAGGACCUGAGGACUAUGAUGCCCCAUUCAAAAGCAGGUUGGUCUUCUUCUCUGCUUCCUUCAUGAAGGGGAGAGUGGGGUAAGCUGAGCCACCUCCUGUUACUUGGAAAUGGUAAAAGAAAUUGAUCAUGUGACCAAAUAUUUAGGAGAUGGGCAUCAAUUCAUGGAGUCUGUAAAGGUUAGAAGCACAUGGGUGAAGGGUUGAGACAUUUAUUUCCAUAAAAACAUUUUUCAGUCUUGAAAGUGAAUUUAGUUAGUCAUAAAUUUGAUUAGAAUUGUGGUCAGACCAAGAAAGAUCAUUUUGAAUUUGUUUUAGACAUCAAUUGUGGUAUCUAUGAGCUACAAAAUGAGGUCAAAACCUAGCAUAAAAGUCCACCAUUUUAACUCAGAGGACUAAUAAAGUCUGUGUCUGAAAUGGAUUCCUAACUCCUAUAUAGGCGACUAUAUGGGGGUUAGCGCCGUUUUGAGAGGUGUCUGAAACCUGAGUGAUCAAUUCCAAUGCCCCAUAUAUGCGACUCAAAAUUUUCCAUAGAGCAUUGCAAAAUGUAGUGACCAUCCGAUGGUCACUCACUGGUGGGGGGCAUCCUGUCAUGCAUUGCGUCUUGCCAUGUACAUUGCCAUGUAGUGUCCGAAACCUCUGGUGAUCAGUAGUAGGGAUACGGGGUAAGUUGAUCAUAGGAGACCACUUUUUUGGCUUAUCUUAUCAUGACAGUUAUGUUUACACUCAUUCUGUUGGUUUGCAGGGAUGCACAACAUCUUGAAAUAUAUGCAGAUACACUAGUUAGAGACAAAACUAUGAUUGCCUUGAUGUAGUGAUCCGAAAUGUGAAAAAUGGCUCAUCUUACCCCACUCUCCCCUAUUUUUUUACUUUAUCUAACAUCAUUUACUAAUUCAUGUUGUAGCUUUCUACGAUCGUGUUGUCAUAAUAGCAAAGGUUUUUCUGUUGUUUUCUAGAUACAAAAAUGGACAGGAAAGACAAACUCUUUAUAGUUAAUGAGGUGAGUUUGAAAUUUCCUUAGAUUGCAAAGGUCAAACUCAUUCAUGUGUAGCUAAUAAAAGCAUCUGUUCACAGGUGUGUGAAAUCAAAAACUGCAACAAAUGCCUCUUCUUUGAAGCCAAGAAGAAGCAGGACCUUUACAUGUGGUAGGUUGUUGUUUUUUCUGCAGUAAUUUUCCUUAAAAUCGAGCCAGCUUUCUGUUGAAGACAUCUAAGAAAAUUUAAUCAUUUUUGCCCCACAGGAUCUCAAACAGUCCACAUGGACCUUCUGCAAAGUUUCUGGUUCAGAAUAGUGAGUAACCUUCCCUUGGUCUUGGAUGGCAGUAUGCCACAUCUGUCAUGUGUGGGCUAGAAAAUUGAAGCAUGUUAUUUCCUCUAUAGUUCAUACUUUGGCUGAGCUCAAGAUGACAGGGAACUGCCUGAAAGGAUCCAGACCGCUGCUUUCUUUCGACCCUGUGAGUAACACUGGCAAAUGUUGCCAGUAAUUUAGAUGACAUCAAGAUUAAACAUGUUUACAGUUGGCGGCUAUGUGGCAGAAUACUGGUGUUCACACUAAACAUAACACCAUUAAUUUUUUUUGCUUAUAAGAAAAAUUUGCUUAAACAUUUGAUCAAGUCCUGAAGUUUUGUUAUUACCGAACUAUAAGAUAUUUUGUUUAUGGUAUUAUGAUAGUGCACCAUUUUCUAAAGUAAGAAAAUCAUCAUGUUUGAAAAGAUAAUGAAAUCAAAACUUUGUAUGAAAGUAUUUUGACUGAUUCUUGAGUUAAAUUAUCAACAGUUCUUUUUGUCUUAAUGAUCUUCUAUUCUGUUGCUGAAUUGCUUAACAGUUUACACUUCAGUGCACUUAAACAUAUGACCAUGACAGCUUAAAUAUGGCCUGAUCUCUUAAUCUCUUUGCAUCUCUCACAGAAAUUUGACAAGGAGCCCCACUUUGCUGUACUGAAGGAGCUCUUCACCCAGGUGUGUAGACAUGAUCCAAACAAGUCACUUGAUAUUUGCCGAUUGACUUGUAAAAACCACGGAUAUAGUUUAUGAAUCAUUGACUUAAAUUUUCAUUUUUGCCCCGUUUUUGUGAAGCUGAAUAACACUACAUGGCAUUAUGUUGCUAAAAAUGGAGGUUUACUUGAUGUAUUAUGACCCAGAAGUUAAUACUGAGUAAAUUUUUUCGAUCCAGCACUGAAUUUAACCAGAAGCGAGCUAGCUUUGUUUGGGAUUAUAUCUAUGUUUUGAAAUUGAAUCAAGUACUUGUAUAACCUUGUUGCAGACAUUUUCCACUCCACGCUACCACCCAAAGAGUCAGCCUUUUGUGGAUCACGUCUUCACCUUCACCAUAGCAGAUAAAAGGAUAUGGUUUAGAAACUACCAGGUAAUUUUUUACUAAUCCUGCCUUUGCUUAAUUAAAUUGUUCUUUCAACCAUAAUCUUAAGAUUUAACUCUUUUUGUUAAAUUGACCACUUUCAGAUCAUUGAAGAGGAUGCCUCUCUGGUAGAGAUCGGCCCUCGCUUUGUCCUCAACCUCAUUAAGAUCUUCCAGGGCAGCUUUGGAGGACCCACGCUCUAUGAAAACCCAGACUUCCAGUCUCCCAACAUGGUAAAAUCAAGGGCAUGCUAGUUUACAUUGUAGGCAUUAGGUCUCUCAUACAUGACUUUGCUACAUCAUUCAUUUCACGAUAUUGUGAGUCAUAUAUCUUUUCACACACCUGCAGCACCGGCGAGAGAUCCGUCUGGCAGCUGCAGCCAGAGUGCGAGAGAAGCAGAUGGUGAAGGAGCUGCAGAAAAUGAAGAGGACUGAAGCGAAGGAGGACGUGGCCAAAGACGUUACAGCAGACGUCUUCUUGACACCAGCUGAGGAAAAGCCUGUUCACAUCCAGACAGAAGCACCAGAACCGAAGGUGGUAAAGAAGAACAAACACAAAGCUUUCAAAAGACAGAGGAUGCAGAGGGCACGCAGGUAACUAAAUGGACUGGAUUCAACUUCAUGAGAGGUUUACUGCUGCCAUGAUCUGUGCUGUCAGGUUUGAAGACAUAGGCAAAGAGAUGAGGUGCACCAUGCCAUCUCUUACCAUGAAAUUGACAACGUGAUAAAACUUGAAUAUGCACAUGUUGUCGCCACAUUUGUGGAUUCACACAGUCUAGAUUUGGUUCUUCCUUAAUCCAGGAAGAUUCUGCAGAUUGUAGAAGCAGAAUAUAAAAGUCAGCUUUUACAACACUGCUGUAUUUACACAUAUUUGCCCAUCCUUUUUGUUAAAAGAUAUUUCAUCAGUGUAAAAAAGAAGUGUAUUAGUUUUGAGUAACUACAGUUUUUUGUAUGUCAAUGAAAUAAAACAAUUCAAACAGAC